CGAGCAGCGAGCGUUACAGUGACGGAUUCAACGAUUCGAAGUAACCACGCUACAAUUGAGGGUGGCGCUCUGCACGCCUCUAUCCGAGCGGUUGCUACUUUUAUCAACUCGACGAUUGAGAGGAAUAUCGCUCUUGAAGGGGGUGCCGUGUAUGGAAUGGGGUCAGCGAGGAUAACUCUGGAGGGCACUAACUUUACAGAGAACAACGCGAGCUCGUUUGGAGGCGCCAUCGCCAUGAGAGGGAGUGCAGUAUUGACUGCUACAAGCAACGUAUUCGAGAGCAACGCGGCGUACACUGGUGAAAAUAUCGCCGUUGACUACGGAGCUGGAAUUUAUAUCAACAAGGAAACGGAAACAAAAACGCAAACGGUAUUUUGCACGUCUUCACGCUUUGGUAAUCACACGGCGGUAGCUGGGAACGAUAUCUACUGGGUCUACUAUCCGUGGUUUGUUUUCGACUGCAUCGCCCUAAACGCGAGCUUGAUUAAGCCGAAUUCAACUGUACUUUGGCCCACGAUGGUAGUUCGCGAUUACUACGGUGCGAUUGCGAGCUACGACAAUGUGACGCGCUGUCGAGCCGCUCUCUCAAGCGGCGAAAGUGCUUCCUUUACAUUUAAUCCACCGACGUGUAUAUGGGUCGACCGAGGAUACAUCGUCUUCGAAGGUGCCGAGGUGUUUUCCGACUUCAGAGACACUCCUUAUCAGCUAAAUGUUAGCUGUACGCUCUCGCCGGUGGUCGACUCGCCAACUCUUGUCGAUAUCACGGUUGACAAGUGCAAUCCUGGAUACGAAAACAUUCGAGGCGUGUGCAAACCCUGUGUGAAAGGAACGUACAGCUUGGACGGUGGGAAGUGCUACUUGUGUCCCGCAGGGGCCACGUGUGAGGGAAAAGACGAAAGCGGGGCUACAAUUGGCGUCGUGUUCCCUCAGCGACAGCAGGGCUACUUCAUGACGAAGACUCGUUCGACUUUUGCUACGUCGAAAUGUGACGACCCCGACUCCUGGUCAUCUGAUGACCCCUGCAAGUCGGUGAAUCAGACGAACCUUGCCGACCGCCUUCUUAAUUGCUCGGGUGCAGAGGAUUUUGACAAGUUCUGGGGCCAAAACAGAAUUUUCUCGUGCCUCUCAGGCAACGAGUAUUACGCGUGUGAUACAAACACAGCGUGUGUCGAAGCGCCGAAUGUCUCGAUCAGCACAGCAUCCGUCCAAACGACUGCUGAGCAGUGCGCUGUUGGGUAUACGGGAGUUAUGUGUGCUACGUGUGCCGACGACUACUAUAAGGGUUCAAGCGGGACCUGCAAGAUAUGCCACGAUCCCAACGACCCGACCGUCGAUCGAACCACACACCUGCUGGCCAUGCUCCCCAUCUUCGUUGCGAUCGCUGCGCUUGUGUUCCUCUGUUAUCUCUUUUCAAACGCAGCUGAGCAGCGCAUUGUGAGCCACGCCCAAGCCGCUAAGCGAUUUGAGGUCUACGAUCAUCAGUCGUGGUCGAGAGCUCUGCUGCUGGCGGCGAAGGCAAAGAUUCAACAACAAGUUCACGCGAUGAUGCAAGCAGUAGUGAAGCGUACAAGGCUCGGGGCACAGACUGCGCCGCGGCUUUUCCAGAUUGAGCCUAGGCAUAUCCCUGUUCCAUCGUGGAGACCGGAGAAGUUUAAAAUCAUGCUGGGAUUUUUCCAGGUCAUGGGCAGCUUCAAGGAGGUUUACGAGAUCCCGUGGCCGGACGACAUGAGUCGCCUCAUGGACAUCUGCUCCUUGGCGGACUUCAACUUUGUGGACACGACAGCCGCCGAGUGUUUAUUCAAGCGCGAUUACUUUGCAAACUAUCGCUUAGCAUUGUUUGCGCUCGUUGGAAUGUUGACACUGGUGUUUCUGGUUACAUUUUGGGGAAUUUUGAAGUAUCGUGUCAAGCUGUCGACAUUACCGCGUCACUGUGUGAGCUGUGGCCUCCCAGUGUUCACCUUGGAGCACCCCGAAAGUGUCAGAAAGAAGGCCGGACCCAAAAAUUUACUUGCACGGGUCAAGGCCAAGUUCUCUGUAUCCUCAAACCAAGCGUUUGAAAACGCAAAUUCCUGGCGGGUUGUGCAGCUCGUUGUACGUUUGCUGAACUGGGUGGAUCACAAGACUCAACUCCCUGCUUCCAUACCGACCCACAAGCCGCGGUGUCCGACGUCGCAGAGGAUUAAAAAUGAGGUCCGAGACAUGGUCGUGCACAGUAAUAUUCGGCUGUGGCGCGCGCGUGUCUGGAUGCGCCUCUACUACAAGGCCUAUCAGAACAGGUGCAUCAAGCUGCUCUUCUGGGUUUCGUUGCUGUUCUACCCAAUGUUCUGCCAGCGUGUGAUCGGCAUGUUCUACUGCGACGAAGUGGGGGACCACUACUAUUUGAGUCUCGACCGCAGCAAUUUGUGCUAUGAGGGCACAUGGUUGUACUACCUCCCCAUCAGUAUUACACUUAUCGUCUUCUGGGUCUUAGGGGUUCCGCUGUUGUUCUGGGUGAUUAUUGCAAUGAAGAGGUCGCGUGGUGUGAGCGAUACGAUCCUCCUGAUUUCCGAUCCAUCUCAAGACGUGCUGAAACAGAGAUUGCUCCUGAAGAUGCGGCUCGAUAUCAUUAACCACGGCCAUAUCGUCAACGAAGAAAAGAUCAAGCUCUUCGAGACGGAAAUGCUCACUCAUUUCUUACGCGACAGAAAUCUGAACGAACCAAGCACAGUCGCGCAAGUGGGCUUCAUCUAUCAUUCAUAUGACACGCACUUCUGGUGGUUCGAGGUCUGGGACCUUGGUCGCAAGCUCUUGCUGAACUGUGUCAUCAGUCUCCUGGCAAAGGCUGACGCGAAUCGGAUUAUUUGCGGGCUCGUCGUCAUGCUCGUGUAUCUCUCCGUGAUGCUCUUUUACCAGCCGUACCGAGAGCGCUCCGAUAGUGCACUCGCUGGAGUGACGAACAUCCAGCUCUUCAUCACCUUGUUCUGUGGUUUGAUCUUGAAGAUGGGGGCUUUGUACCUUGACGCGCGUGUUGUUCGACUGGUGACGAGUGCAGCCAUCGUCUCAAACAUUUUGACCUUGAUCUACGCGGUCUUCAGUAUUCUCAACGAGAAGCGCACAGCCUGGAAGAUGGCACAACGACAAAGUCGAGAUGAUCACCGUCGCGCACUGGCAGCUCAUGUCCGGAAACUGUGGCGGAAUGCG